UCCUUCCCCUCGGGCCCCACCCACCCCGUCCGCCGUUUCGGAGUUUCCCACCAGUCUCCCCACACCUCCAAGUCAUCGCGCCGCAUCUAGGUCACCACCUCGCCGGCGCCGACCAUGGCCGGGGACUGGCAGGAGCUGGGCCAGGCGGCCGCCAUCGGCCUCCUCUUCGCCUUCCUCGUCGCCAAGCUCAUCUCCACCGUCAUCGCCUUCAAGGAGGACAACCUCCGCAUCACGCGCUCCCCUCCGGCCUCCCCCACCGCCGCCGCCUCCCGCUCCCCGGCGCGCCCGGACACCCCGGCCCCCGCCGCGCCCCCGAAGCCCUCCCACGGAGGCGACGUCUCCAGCGACGGCGGCAGCGACAGCGACUGGGAGGGCGUCGAGAGCACCGAGCUCGACGAGGAGUUUAGCGCCGCCUCCGCCUUCGUCGCGGCCUCCGCCGCGUCAGGCACCAGCGUCCCCGAGGAGGCGCAGCUGCGGCUCUACGGGCUAUACAAGAUCGCCACCGAGGGGCCCUGCACCGCGCCGCAGCCGUCCGCGCUCAAGCUCAAGGCCCGUGCCAAGUGGAAUGCUUGGAAUAAGCUGGGUGCUAUGCCUACAGAAGAAGCUAUGCAGGAGUACAUCACAAUUGUUGAUGAGCUAUUCCCUAACUGGGCUGCUGGUUCGAGCAUGAAAAGGAAAGACGAAGAUAGCAUGGCUUCUGCAUCAGGUUCGAAGGGACCCAUGGGACCUGUGUUUAGCAGUUUGAUGUAUGAGGAAGACGAAGGAAACGAAGCAGAACUUGGUGACAUCCAUGUUUCAGCGAGGGAAGGAGCAACUGAUGACAUACUAAAGCAUCUGUCUACUGGUGUUGAUGUUAAUGUGAGAGAUACUGAAGGUAGAACUCCAUUGCACUGGGCUGUUGACCGUGGCCAUCUAAGUGCUGUUGAAAUUCUUGCAAAAGCAAAUGCAGAUCUGAAUGCUAAGGAUAAUGAAGGACAAACGGCACUUCACUACGCUGUUGUUUGUGAAAGAGAAGACAUUGCAGAGUUGCUCGUCAAGCAUCAUGCUGAUCUUCAGAUCAAGGAUGAGGAUGGGAACACAGCACGUGACUUAUGCCCUUCAAGCUGGUCUUUUAUGAAUCAGGCAAACUGACAUGAACUGGAUAUGUUGACGUCUUCUGCGAAGAAACACGCUGCUCUACAUUAGCUGUAACGUAAGCUCCUAGAACACUUGGUUGCGUGUUUUUUUUUUAUGUGGGGGCAUCUGGUGUAUCUUCUAUCCUGUAUAAAGCUUGGGAAAAUCAGACGAGUUGUGGACAUCUAGUCUACCUGGUGUCCUCUAUGAAGCUUGGGAGAUCAGAUGAGUUGUUUUAUCGACCUCAUCAAUUCGGUUGUUAAAACUAAAGUUAAUGCAGUAUUAAGUACUGGAUGAUACUUGUAUUGCUUUACACAGAAGAAUUGUACUAGUGGAUUUAUGCUGAACACCAAUGGUGUGUUGGUGAAAGAAAUUCCAAUCGUACAUGGUUCAUCGCUCA